AUGCACGGCUACUGCCCUAUCCGAAUCGCCCGCCCGAGAUAUCCCUCCCGGGAACUUGACCAGGAUCAAAUCAACACAUGCCUCCACGACUUGCGAGACAACAUCCACGCUAAACAGGUCGUACUCGACAGCAUUCGUAGUGUGACGCGGUAUAGCCAGGGCGAUGCCCAGAAGCUGGCCGCCUUCAUCACACAGCUCAAAAACAGCAGCGUCGACGAGGCCAUCGUCCGGCGAUUCGAACUAGAGCUGGAGAAGAUGGAAACAUUUGUCUAUCCUUUAGAUGACAGCGAGCCUGACCAGACCUCAGCGCCCAACCCCGAUGACGAUUGA